GCAAUCGGUUCAGAAGUUUUCUUAAACCUCUCCAUUAAAGUCGGAAAUGCAUUGUUUAACUGCCUAUUUAGCCCUUGUGGCUUUCGGUUUCUGUAUAUCCGUAGGAAUGUCGGAUCCCAUAACCUCCAUACAGCUUCAAGAGGAAAUCAAUACCACAUCGGAUGCCCUAGCCGCUAUCGAUAAGCUUUUGCUUGGCUUGGAGGAUCGCCGACAGUCCUUGAUUCACAUAAAGGAUACCAUCGCAAAUGACAGCGGUGUCAUCUAUCCCACAUCCUGUCUGACCAAAGACAACAUCAACCAUACCAGUCUUAUUGUUCAGGUGCCGGGUCACAAUGCCUUCCCAGUUGUUUGCGAUUCCAAUCUGGCCGGACUGGGCUGGUUGGUCAUUCAGAGGCGCUGGAAUGGACUGGUCAACUUUUAUCGCGACUGGAGUGAUUACAGGGCGGGAUUCGGCGACCCGAACGGCGAUUUCUUCAUCGGCCUGGAGAAACUCAAUUGGCUAACAGCCUACCAGCCAUUCGAACUCUAUAUCCACCUGGAGGAAUGGGAAUAUAAGAAGAAUGUGUUCGCCAAGUACGAUGAGUUUCUCAUUGGCAGUGAAUCCGAAUACUUCGCCCUGAAAUACCUCGGAGCUUACUCCGGAACCGCUGGAGAUUCUUUAAGAAACAACAAAGGCCAGCGGUUCUCCACAUUCGAUCGGAAGAAUGAUGACACCGACAACAAACAUUGUGCACAGUUUCAUCUCGGAGCUUGGUGGUAUAAGGAUUGUGGACAGAGUAAUCUAAAUGCUCAAUAUUUUGAUUAUUAUCGCGAUUUGCCCGUGGACAAAGCGCGUUACAUCAGCUGGGAUUCAUUUAACACCUCUGCCCCUCUGAGUUUUGUUCAAUUGAUGAUUCGUCCCAAGUUUGGAGGUUUUUAAACAGUGAAAGAAUGACAUCUUUUUCUUCUUUAUGAUUUUAAAUAAAAAUUAUUUUUGCAUGA